UGUCGCUUUAAAAGACAACGGUCACAAGCCAUCGAUGAGUUUGUUUCGCCUUUCGUGACCUUCUUAAGCAGUCUCUCGGGGUCCUGAACAAGUUUGGCAGUUUAUUUAAAAGUGGAAUGACAAAGUCCUCCAGCGGGGAGAUCCUAUUGCAGCCAAAAGGAGCUCGGUGCGCACUCCUCCACUCAGCCGUCCAUCCAAGUGCAGGCGGAAAGGCGGAGAUGCCCCCUAUUAACGUUAAUAACGUUAUCUCUCGCGUCACUCGCGUCCAGAAACGAGACGUCGCCUGCUGCGGUGCUACUGGAUAUGCUGGUCUUCUUGUUCCGGGUUUUCCUGUCCCCGAAGCUGGACUGUGACUGAAUGCCAUCCACUGCAAGACUAGAUCGGGCAAGGACACGCCAUUGUGUGUUUUGUGAAGAAGUGAUGGGAUCUCUCCACCAGCGACCUCCGAGAUUCUCUUGACCAGCGAGGAUGCCGCCCCGCCAAAUACCAGGAUGACACAAAAGCGGUGAUGCUUCCCAUAUUUUUGUACAACCUCCAAAGUUUGUGAACCCUGUGAAAGAAGUCAGCGACCACUCAGCAGUGCUCGAGAAGAAGCGAUGGAGACCAAAGGGAGGGAGCAGGCUCCCUCAAGACACCCGGCAAAGGCAGAGAUGGAGGAAGACGGGAGCUGCGGCCACACCUGCGGCGUGUGCGGCCGCAGCUUCCCCCUUCUCAGCUCCUUGUCCCAGCACAUGAGGAGGCACACCCGGGAGAAGCCGUACAAAUGUCCGUACUGCGACCACCGCACGGCCCAGAAAGGCAGCCUGAAGGCGCACAUUCGGAGCCACAAACUGGGCCUGUUCAGCCAGAACCUCAGGGACAGGGACACAGUCCAGGGGGGGGUGGACGCUGUCGACACCCCCGACACCCCCGAGGACAUAUCCGGCAAAGAUCACAACGCCAACGGGAAGGUGAAGAAGAAAGCCAGCAAGAAGAAAGCCAAAGGUGAGGAUUCCGCGGUCGAGGUUGAGGAUGGCGACGAGUGGGACGGAGCCGGGCCCUUCGUCUGCGGCGUCUGCGGCCAAGUCUUCCCUCAGGUGCCGCUGCUCAAGUCGCACAUGAAGCGCCACCGCAGCGCCCAGGACCACGGCUGCCGGAUUUGCGGGCGCCGCUUCCGCCAGGCGUGGUUCCUCCAGAGCCACAUGCGCAUUCACCGGGUCAAAGCCCAGCUGUGGGGCGGCAAGGGUCAGGAGCCGCCCGCCACCAUUAACGGUGUCCCCCAGGAGGCCGAAGCACUGACCAACGACGAGUGCCUCUACCAACUUUGCGCCGGAUGCGGUAACUUCUUCACUGACGGCAAGACCUUGAGGAUACACGCGAGGCUACACAAGCUCACCCACAGCCGCCACGUGGUGCAGGACCCGGACGCCUCUCCGCCGAAUGUUACUCAGAACCAGUUCUUGGAAGGCCUGAACCUCACUCGUGUUGGAGGUCAGGAAGAGGACAAAGGUCAAGCACGACGGAUUCCAGAGCUGGAUCCCGUUUGUAGCUACCAGGCUUGGCAGUUGGCCACCAGGGGGCGACUGGCGGAGGCCACGGAGAAAUGUCUCGGCUGGGAGGAGCGCCUCGCCGAUGCCGAGGUGGCGUUUGACACGGACAAGGGUGAGUAUGUCCCCAUCAAGCAGGACAAGAAGAGGAAGCAAAUGGACGCCUCAGGUCCCGGUGGGAAGAAGAAGAAAGGCGACGCCGGCCAGGAUCAGGCAGCAAAGAGCCUGGCUCACGUUAAGGCCGCCACCGCCGACAAGAGGAUGUGUCACAAAGACCGAAUCCUGCUCAAUGGACUUGGUCACGCGUUCUAUGAGGCGCUGCAAAACAGAAAGGUCAAAGAGGAUGGCGUCUCACCCAAAAACACCAAUAAGGACCAGGAAGAUAACGAGCCUUUCUUGUGCGAGCACUGUGACUUCCACACCGCCGACGCCUCGCUACUCAGGUCUCACGUGCACGUGCAACAUCAGGACGGCAAACAGAGCUCGCACCCGGACAACCAAAGUGUCUCCAAGGCUUCACGGUACAUGGACUACCUCAGGAAAAGGAGCGCCUUGCUUUGUCAGCCAUAUUGGAACCCGUACCCCGGACCGCCCGGCUUGGCUCUGGCGGAGUUGAACAUUAAAACAGAGAAGGGCAAUGAUGGCGACGCUGAAGGGCAAGGAAGCCAAUCGCAAUCGGACGGUCUUCUUAACUUGUCUUCAUUGGAUGGAAAUAAAGGGCGAGUGUCUUGUGCCGUUAAGAAGGAAGGCCUGGUGAGACAUCAGUGUCCAUACUGCUCCCAUACCACCUGCUACCCGGAGGUGCUGUGGAUCCACCAGCGGGUGUCCCACAGGGUGGGCACCGGCAGCUCCGUGGCCCCAAAGUGGGCCCCGUGCGCUCACAAUCUUAAGAGUCCAAAGACGGGCGCUUCCCAGUGGAGGCGCACGGGACCCCCGCCGUUCCUGGAAGGGAAAGACUGUCCGGCAUUGCCUGCUCCCAGGAGUCAGCGCACGCAACCACCAGGUGGCGCCGCCAAAGGCACCGGCAGCAACAAGCCAGAGAUCGCCGUCAAGAGCCAAUCAGGUGCCAAGCCCAAGCCCCAGUCGAAGGACUCCAGAUCGAGAGCACCUGACAGGAAGUCUGGUGAGCAAAAGCGGGCGGCCGAGGGGGCCGGCAAAGCCCCCAGCACCCGAGCCAGCUCGUCCACCAAGAGCGCCUCUGGGAGAGCCCCGGCGGAAGGGAACUUCCCAAAAGAAGGUCUCGGCUUCAUGUUAGCCCGAAGUCACGGCGGGGCGCCAUCCAGCUCACCUGCAGACAGACUCCACCCACAAAGGCGCUCGUGUGACUCCACCCCGCCUCCCAAAGGCGCCGACCUCUGGGCCGCCAUGAGCAUGUGGGGCCACAGAGCCUACUUUGAACCGCUGCUGUUCGCUCAGGGGAAGCGGGACGCCGCCGCCGCCGCCGCAGUAGACACGCCCCACGACUUUGAUGUCUUGAGCCUCUUGAAGAACUACAGCCCUCACGAGCUGGCGGCUCUCUACCAGCACUGGGGCUUCGUGGACCCCAGGCUUGAUCCUCAAGCAAUGUUGCAGCUCAACGGGACUUAUGGAAAUGACGUCCAUUCCUCCUCUUCGUCCUCCUCCUCCGCUUCCAAACAAGUGACCAGUCGCUCUACUUCCACCUCAGGGUCUCUCCAUAAAGGAACGUGAAAACUCUUCUUCGUCCUUCACGCUGAUAAAGUGAUGAUGAAAGACACAGAGGUGCUUCAUUGUGAUGCAAACACAUAUUUUUGUUUUGAAAGUUUGCUAGCAGACAUGCUGCAAGGAAAUGAGCCGAAAUGGGAAUGUGAAGCGAGAAAUAAGACGAGCCAAAAGCACGUGAUUCUAUGAGAGUUCUGUCCUUGCAUUUGAUUGGGCAGGGACACCCAUCCGUCAUCGUUUGGAUUCCUUCUCAGGAGAGAAUUCCACCAUUUUGAUUUGAAAGCAUGCCAACAUCUUCAACACUUGACGUUCCCGUUUCUCUGCAAACAUUUGACUCGUUGCCAAACUGUUCCACUGAAAAAGUCCCCUUCCCUUUUUACUCGUGUGAAUAUCCGCACCCGUCUCAUACAUGCUCGCCACGUCCUGAUUGAUGACCCGCCGGCUCCAAAGACUCAUUACUGUUCACCUCAUUCCUCACUUUUAUGUGUUAUUUUUUUUCUAGCGUGUCUUCAUACUUUUAGUUUCCAUUCCCCAUACUGUAUUUAUGUCCCAUAGAGAGAGAAAAAUGAUGUGUUUGUACCAAAAACAAACAAAAAAAGCCAUCAACCUGUGACUAUUACCGAGUGUGAUGGGUACUGACUUUAUUUUGGACCAUUUGUACAUGAUAGUUUUAUUUAAUGUUUUUCGUUCUGAGUGGAAUUGUGACACUCUUUAAGUACUUGAUUAUUUGUAGUAGGAAACGUUGAAUGAAAAUUAAACAUUGUUCUGCAAAUAAGUCA